CCUCCCCCUCGCCGGGAGGCCCUCCCUCCCUGCGGGCUGCCGGGCUCUGACCGCCCUCCCUCUCCCCUCCGGUGCUGUCCCCCUCGCAGGCGCGUCGGGCCGCCCCCAGGCAUCCUCCUGCUCCUCCUGCUCCUCCUCCGGCCGGGCAGCCUGCACCCCGGCUCCCGCCGCAUCCCUGGGCCGCCUCCUCGCUCAUCUCCGUGCUCCUGCUGAGCUUGGGACCCCUCCCCGACCUCACCCCCGAAACAUGACUCGCGAUUUCAAACCUGGAGACCUCAUCUUCGCCAAGAUGAAAGGCUACCCUCAUUGGCCAGCUCGGGUAGAUGAAGUUCCUGAUGGAGCUGUAAAGCCACCCACAAACAAGUUACCCAUUUUCUUUUUUGGAACUCAUGAGACUGCUUUUUUAGGACCAAAGGAUAUUUUUCCAUACUCGGAGAAUAAGGAAAAGUAUGGCAAACCAAACAAACGAAAAGGUUUUAAUGAAGGUUUAUGGGAAAUAGAUAACAAUCCCAAAGUGAAAUUUUCAAGUCAACAGGCAUCGGCUAAACAGUCAAAUGCCUCAUCCGAUGUUGAAGCUGAAGAAAAAGAAACCAGUGUUUCAAAGGAAGAUACUGAUCAUGACGAAAAAGCCAGUAAUGAGGAUGUGACAAAAGGGACUGACAUGACCACUCCCAAAGCUGCUAGGAGAGGGAGAAAGAGAAAGGCAGAAAAACCAGUAGAAAGUGAGGAGGCAGGAGUAGUUUCAACAGCAACAGCAGCAUCUGGAAAUGUAAAAGUGAGUCCCAAAAGAGGACGGCCUGCAGCUGCUGAAGUCAAGAUUCCAAAGCCGAGAGGCAGACCUAAAAUGGUGAAACAGCCCUGCCCAUCAGAGGCUGACAUGAUUCUUGAGGAAGACAAAAAUAAGAAAAAGGGGCAAGAAGAAAAGCCACCUAAAAAGCAGCUUAAAAAGGAAGAGGAGGGCCAGAAGGAAGAGGAUAAGCCACGAAAAGAGCCGGACAAAAAAGAGGGGAAGAAAGAAGUUGAAUCAAAACGGAAAAGUUUAGCUAAACCAGCGGUCACAUUCACCUUUGAUUCUGAAGAAGAAGGAGGAGAUGACCAAGAUGGUGAAAAGAAGAGAAAAGGUGGAAGAAACUUUCAGACUGCACACAGAAGGAAUAUGCUCAAAGGCCAACAUGAGAAGGAAGCAGAUCGAAAACGCAAGCAGGAGGAACAAAUGGAAACUGAGCAGCAGAAUAAAGAUGAAGGAAAGAAGCCAGAAGUUAAGAAAGUGGAGAAGAAGCGAGAAACAUCAAUGGAUUCUCGACUUCAAAGGAUACAUGCUGAAAUUAAAAAUUCACUCAAAAUUGAUAAUCUUGAUGUGAACAGAUGCAUUGAGGCCUUGGAUGAACUGGCUUCACUUCAGGUCACAAUGCAGCAAGCCCAGAAACACACAGAGAUGAUUACAACGUUGAAAAAAAUACGGCGAUUCAAAGUUAGCCAAGUUAUCAUGGAAAAGUCUACAAUGCUGUAUAACAAGUUUAAAAACAUGUUUUUGGUUGGUGAAGGGGAUUCUGUGAUUACACAAGUGCUGAAUAAAUCUCUUGCUGAACAAAGACAGCAUGAGGAAGCAAACAAAACCAAAGACCAAGGAAAGAAAGGGACAAACAAAAAGCUAGAAAAGGAACAAACAGGCUCAAAGACUGUGAACGGAGGGGCUGAUGCACAGGACAGCACUCAGCCGCAGCACAAUGGCGAAAGCACCGAGGAAAGCAAGGACGGCCCCGAGGCCGGCAGCAAGAAAAAGCCCUCCAGUGACGAGAGGGAGACGGAAAUACCUCUGACAGAAUCUAUGCUUGACAACUAGGCUGAUAUGGAAGUUAAAUAGUUGAGAAGUUUGUAUUGACUUUCAUUGGAAAUAUUUAGACGGCCACAAGUUUUAAAUUUUUAUAAGCAUAGGUUUUGAUGUUUUAAAACUUGUCUUGAGGGAGAAAAUUCUUUUAUCUCUGUUCACAAGUAAUGAAACUUCUCACUAAUCGUACUUGUGCAGUAUUAACAGCUCCAUUAUACCGUAAAUGUGGGGGGAUCCAUUUAGGAAAUGUUAAAACUGCCUUUCCAGACAUGGUUGUAGCAUAUUUUCAAUUAUUGUGUGUUUAUGUGAAUUGGUAGAACAAAGUUACAUUUUUUAAAAUGCUACUUGUAUAAACCUUUCCUCUAAAUACCAUGGGUUUUGUGCAUAGUUUAUACAAAUCUUGGCUUUACCAGGCUGUCUUUUCACUGUGGGUUUUGUAGAAGUUGAGCAUUUUUAUGGUAGAGAAAAUGUUACUUCUAUACAAGUACUCACUCCUUCCUUUUACCAAAAGUUAAUUUUAAUCUCAUAGUCUCUACAUUGUGCUGCGUUAUCCUGCUUCUUUGGAAGUGUGUGGUCUCUUAUCCCUUUGUAUAUGACUGGCAAGUCUAAGAGUUACAGAACAAACCUGAUUUUUGGAAGUAAUUUAGUUUUGCUGCUUGGGGUUCGGUGAAGUCACAUGACUUCCAUAGAGAACAUGUUGGGCAUAUAUUAUAAAUCUGGCUUUAGGGCUCAACCAUGUAAGAUCCUUUACAGGCAUUCGUAACUGAAACUGAAAACAGUAAGUUUAAUGUCUCGAGUCUCUAAAUAUUCUACAAAGUCACACUCAUUAAGAAAACCAUUAAUUUUAAUUGGGAAAAAAUAGUCCAUGACACUUAUGCAGAAAAUAUAAAUACUAUACAAAGCAACUAACUGAAAACAUGGAUGUGUCAGAAAUUUCUAUUUCCAUUUUUGGUAUCAUACAUGCAACAGGAUGAUUAUAUUACAAAAAGUAGAGACUGAAAUCACAGAAAAGCAAUGUUAUCAAAGAUUCUAGGUAUGUGACAAAGGAUAGCAUCCUAAGAUGUUUUGAAUGUUAGGGCAGUUGGUGGUUUCAAUAGAUAGGAAGAUACUUAUGUUUUGACACGAUAUGGGAGGCGGAUUUUAAUACCAGUGUUUGUGAGUGAAAUGCAUCAUAUGUUGACUUUUCAGGUAAUUUUCAUCUGCAGGUUAAAAUUUUGAAGUGUCUAAUUGGAUUUUUGCAUUUGAGAGGUCUUAUAAUGGAAGCUAGGACCCGUGUUUUAACUCUGCUGUUACAUUACACACCCAUUUUGGUCCAUAAUUCAAUUUUACCUUUGACAGAUUUAUUCUAGCUAAGCCAUAAGUGUCAAUGUGUAAACUUGUUUUGAUUAAAGAAUUUUUCUAUAAAA